AUGAGGAUUUUCUCGGUUUUACUUUGGAUUCUUUUCCCAGGCUGCUGGGCGGUGACGGGCCCCGGGGCAGUGAGCGGCCCCCCGGGCGGGUCGGUGGCGGUGCGGUGCCGGUACGAUUCGGGCUAUGAGGGUAAUAAGAAGUUCUGGUGCCGGGCAGGAGGUCGGCGCUGUUCCAACGGGCGUCACAUCGUCGAGACCGACGGGUCGGAGGCGGAGGUGACGCGGGGCAGAGUCUCCAUCCGAGACAAUCGCACCCAGCGCGCGUUCACCGUGACCGUGGAGAACCUGACACCGGCAGACGCCGGCACGUACCACUGCGGGGUAGUGAGAACUGGGCCUGAUCUCAGGGCCGCUGUGACACUCACCGUCUCCCCAGCUGUGCCUACCUCACCACCGACGACACCAGAAAAGGACCUGACCGUUGCCACCUCCCCAUGGACUGUUCCUGAAAUAGAAAUAUCCACCUUCUCCUUUAACAGUAGUCAUGCUCCUGCUGGGUGA